AUGCGCUAUCUGCGUUACAAGAGAAACUGGUCUAAACCUUUCUCCUUGUCUCUUCCUUGCCUCUUCCUAUCCACUCCUACCAUCUCCCCCUGCAGAAAAUUCUUUUUCCUUUUCGAGCCUUCUCGUGAUGCUUUCUUCUCUCUGGCCAACUUGCCUGGCCUCAACGAUAGUUCAGCUUUCAAAGACAAACACUGCCAUUGA